AUGUAUCAAGAGAUUCCGAAAAUAUCGGUUGAAACCACUUCGACAGAAGCCCAAGAAAUGGAAUUGGGAGUUCCGGAAUUGCAAUUCAGACGAUUUUCAUCGCUUGAAAUUCGUCGAAAUAUUUCGUCGACUUCUUCGAGACUUAUGUCUUUUUCUUCAGCGGCCGCAGAUGUUUUUAUGGGAAGAAAAAGAAGAGUUUCGGAAUUUUUGAGAAAAGGGUGA